AUGAAGAUUCCUGCAUUCAGCAGAAUCUUGAACGUCGGCGUGGAAGUGAACGACUCUUGCUUUUCCUCGGUUCUUUGGAAUCCAGACAUGUCGCAGUUGCUAUUAAAAUUUUCCAAAUCGAUUCCAACGAGGAGCCAGAAAAAGAGGAGGCGCGCACCCGUACACCAGCAAAUAGAGAGCCAAACACUUGACUUCUUAUCGCAUGUUCUGAGUCAGAUCCCGGCAGCAGGUGCGCCACUAUUACAAAUGAAGGUUACUGUGAAAUCAUCCAACGACCAAGCGUUCCAGGUCACUGUCCCGGAUAAUUCCACCGUGGGGGACCUCAAGGUGGCAGCCGUGGUGGCCCUCCCUCCAGACUCUGGAGUCAACAAAUCGAAAGUCAAGGUCUGGUAUUCCGGAAAGAAGAUGGAGCUUUCCAAGUCGUUGGAGUCCUACGGAAUCACCCAGAACUCCAAUUCCACUGUGUAUCUGACCUGUAUCGACGAGUCGUCGUCUGCGUUGUCCGACGAUGAGUCAGCUGUUGUCGAGCAGCCCAAGACCAAGGUGAGAAGAAAGUCCAGCAAGAAGAGCAGCAAGUGCAGCUUUGAAUCGUGUAAUUCUGCGCCACUGCGGAUGGUGGGCGACUGUUCCUUUUGCAACGGCAAGUUCUGUUCCAAACACAGAUUGCUAGAGAGUCAUAAGUGCAAGGGUCUACAAAGCUGCAAGGAGAAGAGCUACGAGAGAAACGCUCUAAAGCUUCAGAGCGAACAGACUGUCGCAUCCAAGGUCUAG